GUUGAAAGUAAUAUUGUUAACAGUAGAAAAUCACGAAGUUGGUGCCGCCGGAAUGGAGGCGAAGCUGCAGCUCCAGCCUACACUGUGAAGUGCAUUCAAUUCUUCAGCGCUCCCCUCAGUAUUCCGUGAGAUUCUGCUGCCAAUCUUGGCUGGAUCGCAAAGUAUCGCGCCGCGCACGAGGUUGACGAAGCUUAGAAUGGAAGAAUGGUAAGCGCACUCAGCGUUUCUGAGUGUACGUGAAGCCUGGAAGCUUCCGCAUUCUGGCUGAUAAAUUGUAACUGCCAUCCGUAAUUUCAAAAUCGCGGAACUCUUACAAGCCAGAUGGCCAACCGUUUAUGGAUAAUCUGCUUCCUGGUUCAAUCUUGCAUUGUUAAAAUGUGCGUAGCUAGCGCAGGUGAUUCUGAUCCAAAUUACAGGGCUUGCACUGAACUAUGUGAAAAGAUUGGCUGUGUUGGGGAUAGAUGCUUCUCACAAUGCAAGUUUCCAUUACAUGUUUCUUCUAUUCACAACCGUUUGCAUCCGAAAAAGCCUCUUUACAUGCAAUGGAAACAAUUGGAUUGCCAGAGUAACUGUCGUUACCAUUGUAUGUGGGCCAAAGAAAAUGAAAGAGAGGUACUUGGCCUAGAACCUGUUAAAUAUCAUGGGAAAUGGCCAUUUAAACGUAUAUAUGGCUUCCAGGAGCCUGCAUCAGUGGUCUUUUCAUUUUUGAACCUUGCAAUGCAUAUCCAUGGCUGGGUUUCUUUCUUUGUGCUUCUUCAUUAUAAGUUGCCAAUGAAAUCAGAUAAGAGACCUCUUUAUGAUUAUGCUGGCCUAUGGAGUAUUUAUGGGCUUAUGUCUAUGAAUGCUUGGCUGUGGAGUGCAGUUUUUCAUAGUUGGGAUAUGGACCUUACAGAAAAGCUCGAUUAUCUGUCUGCAGUGGCCUUGCUUGGGUAUUCAUUGAUUUUGGCUAUAAUCAGAUGCUUCAGCUUAAGGAACAACACUACCAGAGUCAUUGUAGCCGCUCCAUUGAUUUCAUUUACAACUACACACAUUUUAUAUCUCAACAACUAUGAGAUGGACUAUGGGUGGAAUAUGAAGGUGUGCAUAGUGAUGGGUGCAACACAGCUUCUCAUUUGGUCAAUCUGGGCCGGCGUCACUCGCCAUCCUUCUCGAUGGAAGCUGUGGAUCGUGGUUGUGGGUGGCGGCUUGGCGAUGCUUCUCGAAAUCUUCGAUUUCCCUCCUUACUUAGGCUUGGUGGAUGCUCACGCCCUCUUGCAUGCCUCCACAGUCCCUCUUACAUACAUCUGGUGGAACUUCGUCAAGGAUGAUGCAGAACACAGAACAUCCAAGCUCUUGAGAAAAUCAAAAUAGCUUAUGUUGUUGUUGUGCUGUGUUACUCAAGAACAAGAACACACAUGACUUACUGCUUCUGCUUGGCCUCUUUUGGGAGCAUUUCAAUUUCCAUCUCAGAUUAUUUAAUA